AUGGUUUUGAAAAAUCUUAUUCCCUUCCUCAAAUCAUCAUCAUCAUCAUCAACAACAAACUCUUCCACCACUUCACCACAAUUACCAUCUCAACAACCCUAUCCUCCAUUCAUUUCAUCUCUUCCAAUCUCUCCUCGUGAUCAUCAAGAACAAAAUGAUCAUGUCGCAGCUGUUCAAGCAGUGAGUGGUGUUCCAAUGAGCAUCCAAACACCGAAUUUCGGUUCUUCACCUCAAGGUGCAUGGACUUUUGGGCAAGCAGUCAUGUCGAGUGCCUCUUCUUCUUCUUCUUCGAGAAGAACCAAACGGUCUUGUUCGGUGGCCACAGCGCCUGAACAUGCCCAUCGAAAUGUGAACAACAUUCAAAAUGGAAAUGGUUUUAGCAACCCCAAUGGAGUUCCAAGUUCCCUUCCCUCCAACAUCAAUGACAUGGUGUUUACACCAAAAGCGAGUUAUGUCGCCCGAAAAACCAAUGAAGAGAGAAAAAAGGAACUCUUGCAAGAUUUUGAGAUGCGUAAAGUCAUCGUUUACUCGAAUUGUAAACGUCUGAGAGCAUUAUUGGAUGUCUUGAUUGAGAGAGCUCGUCCUCAUCAAAUUCAAAAUGUGUCCUACGUGUUGGCUCAAAUUUCAAUUGUCAACUCAACAGGCUUAUCACCCACAACAGAGACAGAUUUGAAAAUUGUCAAACAAGAAUUGAAUUCGAUUAAUUUGGAAGUUUUUCGUUUGUCUCUCUUGUUGUCAGAGAGUUGUAAACGAGAAUACAUUACCGAAGAGGAAUUAUUGAAUGAUCCUCAAAUUGGAAAUCUUGGAUGUGAGUCUGUGAUUUUGAAAAUACUCUUAAGAGAAUUGUCAGAAAUGGAAAAAGAACUCGAACGCAUGCAUCGAAAAUGCAGAGCCAAUAAGAAGAAACCACAAGAAACACCUCCACCACAACCUCAAAAGAAAAGUGGAUUCUUUGGAAGACGAAGAAACAUGUCAGCAUUAGAAAGACCAACAAGUAUGGUCGUUGAAAAGUACAAUCAACGUAGAAAUUCUCUUGAUUUCUAUCGAAGUCCAACGUUGGAAGAACUUGGACAGGAAACAAUGAAUAAGGUGAAGGAAAGAGUUGCCGUUUGUCAAUUCAGAACGGUCACGAAAGAACUUCAUUUGGACAAUGGCAUUGAGUUGAUUUUGCAAAAACGAUUGGAAGAAAUGAAGACGAAAUUGGCCAAUACAAGUCCCUUCGAUAUUGACAUUUAUAAUCCAUUGCCAAGUAGGAGAGAAUUGUUGAGUGAGGAAUAUUGGAAGAAGUUCCUUGAAAAUCAUAUGGGAUUUAGUGAUGUGGAAUUUGCGAGACCACUGUCGAACUUUAUGGAUCGAAUUGCACAUGAAGGUGAUGUUGUGACAAUGACAAUGACAACAACAACAAGCAAAAAUUCAUCAUCUCGAGAGUAA